CUCUAAGUUAUUUUGAAAAUUGUUGUGAUUAUUAAAAUUCAAAUAGAAUUAACUGUUGAAAUGAGAAGUUCUCUCUUAUGGGUGGAUCAGAUCAAGGAUCGGGAGGGAAAUCAGUUGUGUAUAUAUGACUUGGCGUUCAGUCCAGAAGGCGAUCAAUUGAUAAUUGCGGCCGAUAUUCGUGUUUAUGUGUAUAAUGCAAACGACGGAACAUUAAUACAGGCCUUAAAGGGACACAAAGACAAUGUGUUAUGUGUCGCCUAUUCAAUGGACGGCAAACGAUUUGCUUCGGGAUCGGCUGAUAAACAGGUCAUCAUUUGGACUUCAAAAAUGGAAGGAAUACUCAAAUAUUCACAUAACGACGCGAUUCGUUGCAUUCAAUACAACCCUUUAUCGCACCAAUUGGUCAGUUGUACGGCUUCUGACUUUGGUCUUUGGUCUCCCGAACAGAAAGCGGUGACCAAACAGAAGAUAAACAGUCAAAUCAAUAGCUGUUCGUGGAGUAGUGAUGGCCACUAUCUGGCGCUCGCACUCACGUCGGGACACAUAUCGAUCAGAAAUCGGAAUGGAGAGGAAAAGAACAGAAUCGAGAGAAUGGGGGGACCUUUGGCUCCGAUAUGGGGCGUCUCCUUCUGCCCUCUUAAAGACGAAGAUUCCGAUGCAAUCGUUUCAGUCGAUUGGACUCAGUCUAUGAGCUUUUAUGAUCUGAACGGCAAAGCGAUAGCAAAAGAGCGUAAUAUUGGUUUCGAUCCGUUAUGUGUUUCAUACUUUUGGAGCGGAGAUUAUAUUCUGGUCAGCGGUUCCAAUAAGAAGGCACUUCUCUAUACAAGAGAGGGUAUAUUUAUUGGUUGUGUCGCUGAACAGACUUCGUGGAUAUGGUGCGCCAAAUCCAGUCCCGAUGGCAACAGAAUUACUUCGUGGAUAUGGUGCGCCAAAUCCAGUCCCGAUGGCAACAGAAUU